AUGGAUGACAUCCCUUUCUCCCCACUCCCUGCCAUCAGUUCUCUGUUCAUCAUUGGGACUUUGUCUUAUCCUGCUGGUUCCUGUGAUGGCUACACGGCUCUGGAUGAGCCUCGACGUAACUAUCUUUUCACCUCUUUCUCUAUGCCUGGCUUCCCCAUCAAUACCGACAUACAGCGAACAAACAUAUGGGUGCGCUACAUUGGGAUCGGAGGGGACACCGUCAUUUCAGUAUGUGCCCCACUCUAUUACGGCGGGGUAUAUUAUCCCAUGUAUUUGACUUUUACACAUCCUCAGUCUGAGUCAGAGACUCCAACAACGGGCUACGCAUGUGGAAACGUGGGUGGAUGCUGUAAUUACAAUGUAGCUAUUCAAGUGAUCUACUGCUCUUCUGGAGGAUUCUAUGUGUACAAGCAAGUGAACAACCACCCAAUCAAUCACAUGGGUUAUGUGACAUACCAUAGGAACUGUGUAGCAGGCUCCUGUGGUCCCCUUGCAAAGUGCAGUACGACCAAAAAUGGAGGCUGUGAAUGUGUCUCUGGAUACAAGAUACCUCCAACACAUCUACCCACAAACGAAUCCUACGGCUGCCAAGAUAUCAAUGAGUGUGCGAAGACUGCUAAUCUCUGCGGUCCGCAUUCCAACUGUACUAAUUUACCAGGAGCCUACAACUGUAGCUGUCUCGAGGGGUUCGCACCCUCAGACCGAGCCUUAGCACUCAACCCGUCCCGCAACCCCUGCACAGAUGUGAAUGAGUGUGUGGAGAUUGAGAAGGUCUGUGGUGGUUUCGGUGAAUGUACAAACACACAAGGAAAUUACACCUGCACCUGUUACAAGGGAUGCAAGCCUGACGGACCCUUCAACUGUCAAGACAUAGAUGAGUGUGCUGACACCCCUGGUCUAUGUGGUCUCCACUCUGUGUGUACCAAUGCACCGGGGACCUUCCACUGUUCCUGUGUGGAAGGAUACUUCUCCUCCACUGGAGUACUGUGGGAAACUAAUGUCACUGUGUGUGAUAGUGUUGAUGACAUUAUAGCCUCCAUAGUUCCCCCAGAGGGCCAGUCUAAGGAGAUGUACUUCCUCUACCAGAUGAACCAACAGCUGAGGGAGAACCCUGACAUCGUCCUAUCAGAGGGGUCAGUGACAAACAGCCUCUCCACAGCCCUGAAGGUGUCCGGAGUUGGAAGCAUCUCAGCGCAGAAGGCCAGUACAGGCCAGGUGUGGAGUGGGGCUGGAAAGGAUGGCGGGGAGUCUGGCAGUGUGGUCCUGAAGAUCUCAGAGCUCCUGGUGAAUGCCUUAGUGGACCCUUCUCAGGGCGGGGUCAACAAAAGCAUACAGACACCUGAGCUGGAUAUUAGUCUGCAGGUAAUCGAGGCCAACAGUACAGACACCUCCUCCCUCUCAGCCAGGGGAAACACCAUGGACAUCAACCUACAGGCUCUGGCCAGAAACAAUAAUGGUACAGCAUCAGCAGUAUUCCUGACAGUCAGUGGGAUGGAGAGCCUUCUGGGCGCUAGCUUCUUGCAGACAGAAAACCACACAGAGAUGUUGUCUGAUGUCAUCACCGCCACACUGCCCAAGAUCAACCACACCCAGCUCUCUGAGCCUGUCAACUUCACCAUGCACCACAAGAGGAGGUUGGCUGAGCCUGGCCUGAUGACCUGUGUGUACUGGAAGGACAGAGGAGUGGAAUAUGGGAAUGGAACAGAGGGGAAGAUGAGGCAUUGGUCAGUGGACGGCUGUUGGGUCGUGUUCUCCGAUGAGAACUACACAGUGUGCAGCUGUUCUCACCUCUCUACAUUUGCCCUCAUCAUGCAGACUGGGGAGACUGUGUCGGAGGACAAUCCCUUCCUAGAGUGGGUGAACAGAAUGUGUGUGAUUGUGGGCCUGGUCUUCUUUGCUCUGGCCAUCCUCACCUUCCUGCUGUGUAGCUGGAAUCCUAAGAUCAACAACACAGCCCGCCUCCACCUCUGCCUCUGCCUCUUCCUGUCCCAUCUGCUGCUCCUAUUGGAUUACACCUACAUCACUCACAAGCUGGUGUGCUCCAUCAUGGCAGGUCUUCUCCACUUCCUGGUAGUGGCCAGUUUCCUGUGGAUGCUGCUGGAGGCGCUCCAGCUCUACCUGCUGGUCCAGAGACUCUCCAGGAUCCAGGUCAUCCAGAGGGACGGCCUCCAGAAGAAAUACCUCUACCUGAUUGGCUAUGGCAUCCCCCUGGUGAUCGUGGGCGUGUCUGCAGCGGUGAAGCAAGACGGCUAUGGGGGAACUAAAGUAUGCUGGCUGAAGCCAGAACAAUACUUUACCUGGGCUGUGUUAGGGCCAGUGUGUACUGUCCUAGCACUGAACUGGAUAUUGUUCUGUGUUACUAUCUGGAGUUUGAGACCUACCUUGGCCAACAUGAAGAGUGAUGUCUCACAGUCCAAAGACACCAGACUGAUCAUCUUUAAGAUCCUGGCACAGUUUGUGAUCCUGGGUUGUACCUGGGUGCUGGGCUUUUUCCAGUCCACCAUGGUCUUCAAGUACCUCUUCAUCGUGCUCAACUCCCAGCAGGGCACCUUCCUCUACAUCGUUCACUGUCUCUUCAACAAGGAGGUACGUGAUGAGUACAGGAAGUGGCUGGGCUGUUCUUCCAGCUCCUCUACUCCAGACUCUAUGAAAGGAGCACCUUCAGUCUCUGAAGACCUGGACAAGGCUGGCAAAUAGAGACAAAACAAAGGAACACAGCCAGGAUGAGAGCAACAUGAUAAGUUACCAUCAGACCUUCAAAGCAUUUCAGCACCGUGGGCCUCCACGGUAUAUCUUUCAAUGUACACUGUACACAUUAAGUAUGAGAGCGAGAGAGAGAGGUGGGUUUUUAUGGAUGCUAAUGACUCAGAUGACACAGCCUGACCUUUUGUAAUGACUAAUAUUUCCUUUAUCUAUUUAAAACAAUGUUUUAUUAUCCUGCAAAUGUAUUUAUAGAAUGUCAUAUUUAUCAAUUAUGUA